AUGUACCCGCUGCAUGCCGACACAGCCCUGCGCCCGAUGACCGCUGACGAAGUUGCUGCAAUGUCCGCGUAUGUCAGCCGGAAGCUAGAGCUGCCCGCUCCACCAACCUUUUUAAGCUGCGCGGCUACUGGACUCAAGCGCGCUGCGAUGCUGGCUUUCCACCACGAACAUGUCGAAGCCACGCUCAUUGCAGAUGUACCGGCGAAUGUGCGCCUCGGCAAGCAUAUUUCUCGACAAUCCAUCCUACGGGAACUAGUGGCGAGUAAUGGAGGUGAUGAGGCUGGCCGGCUUAAGAUGAAGCGGUUCAUCCGAGCGGCGCAACGCAUCAUGUUCGACGGAGAACAUACCCUGUCGGUGUUUUGUAUGUCGCAUCGGGCGGCAGCAGCGUGGGAUGGGGAAUGCCUCCGGCUCCGUGGCCAAAACCUUCACUUGAACUUGGUGGAAGCUCAAGUGCCUGGCAUCUGCCCACCUCCUCAACUUGCACGACAUUAUGCGGUUCGCGUUCUUGGCACGGAAGGGCACAACGCGAGCUGGCUGACCCCUGACGUAUUUCACGAUGUGCAUAGUCCAUCAUCUGAAACACAACCAUCAGCUGACCCAUAUUGGCACCAGGCCUCGCCGGUGACGCCUCAGCCGUUGGACGCUGAUGAGUUUGUCGGCGAGACGCUUACGUCACAUCCCGAGUCCGACGAUGACAGCGAUGGGUUUGAAUUCGAAAAGGUCGUUGCCUCCGACGAAGACCACCGCCGGAGCUAUCUCGAAUGGAUAGGGAGCCUGCAUGGUGUGCCCGUCUCCGUCCCUGCUAAUGGACAGUGCUUGUUCCUCGCUCUCUACGCGACAGUCAAAAAUACCCAGGCAGCGUCGCUCUCCAUGACGCCUGAGGUGGUUGAUGAAGCGAAUCUCGUCAAGCAGAGAGUCAUUGACCUAGUCCUCGCGAACCUACGCUACGAUGUCCAAUUGAAUCUAGUCGACCCGCGCAGGGAGCUCCGCCGAUUGUUUCCUGGCGAAGAGCUUCCACGCUCCGACAAAGCGGCGGCAGCAGCGCUAUAUGCUCAUUACGCGAAAAUGAGAGCCGUCUCGGUCGCCGACAAGAUGCCCCAAGCAUUU